GGAAGAUCAUUGUAUUCCUUGAAUCUUAGACAAAAAAACAUCCAGCCCACAUGACUUUCAUCAUCAAAGGAAAGAAGCCUCACCAUAGUGUGAAGUUCAAUCGACGUGCAAUGGAAGAGAAGAAGGGCUCGAAUAAAAAGUCUUCAUCUCUAUCUCCUUCAAGCAAACUAGAUCAGCUUCUAUAUGAUGAUUCACUAGAAAAUCAAGGACAAACAUCUGGUUUUAUUAUACAAGAAUCUUCAUCAUCCCAAGCAGAUAUUGAGGCUGAAAUUGAUGAAGAUAUUGUUUACGGCUCAUCCCGACCAAUCACAGCAGAGGCUUUUAUAAACAUGAUUCCCGAUGCCUUCACGGAGUACCCCCUACUCCACGAUCAGUUGCAGACUCAGACAUCUCAUCUUCAAGAUCAAACCAUUCAAGAAUGUCUUCCUUUUCUUUCGGGAAAAGAAGCUGGAUUGACUUAUAAUCCAUAUGGGGUUCCACAUCUGAAUCGAAAAAAGCACAUUCAAUUCCUUCACAAGAAUCUACAAAAGCUGCCCUCGGCAUACGUCGCUGCUGAUGCAAGCAGACCAUGGAUGUUCUACUGGGCAUUGGCUGGUCUCUCGACCCUGGGAGAAGAUGUAUCAUCAUAUCGACAGAAAAUCAUUUCAACAUGUCGACCCAUACAGAAUGCGACUGGAGGGUUUGGUGGAGGAAAUGGUCAGAUGUCACAUUUGGCCACUACCUAUGCAAACAUUCUAUCAAUUUCUAUGGUAGGUGGGCAAGAAGCUUUGGAUAUCAUUGAUCGCAAAGCAAUGUGGAAAUGGCUAGGUAGCUUGAAGAUGUCUACUGGGGGGUUUAGAAUGGCUGUGGGUGGCGAGGAAGAUAUUCGUGGUGCAUAUUGUGCUCUGAUUCUUAUUACACUCCUGAGUUUACCUCUCGAUCUUCCCCAAGAUGCUCCCGCGAGAUCAUCAAACUAUACUACUUUCAUCGAUGGACUUCCGGAAUGGAUCUCAAGAUGUCAAACAUUUGAGGGCGGUAUAGGUGCUCGACCUAAUGUCGAAGCCCAUGGCGCGUAUGCGUUCUUAGCAUUAGGCUGUUUGUGCAUCUUAGGUGAACCACACAUCACGAUACCUCAGUAUCUUGACGUACCCGGCUUUAUUUCAUGGCUAUCAGCACGUCAAUAUGCGCCGGAAGGCGGCUUCUCAGGUCGCACGAAUAAGUUAGUUGACGGGUGCUACUCCCAUUGGGUUGGAGGAUGCUGGCCUCUAUUAGAAGCGUGCCUUGAAGGUCCAACGCAGCAAACUCAAACAGGGCCAUCUUCGAAUCCAGAUUCGGUAAAUCUCUACAGCCGCGACGGUUUGAUCAGGUAUAUCCUCUGCUGUUGUCAGGAUACAGGAAAUCGGGGUGGAUUGAGGGAUAAGCCCAGCCAUCGCUCUGAUUCGUAUCACACAUGCUAUGUUUUGGCAGGUCUUAGUUCCGCACAGCAUAAGUGGCAUUUCAACACGUCUGCACAGAAAACGGAAUCGAGUGGAACGCUCGUUUCACCGUAUCAAUGGACGGCCGAGCCUUAUGUUGAGACAACACAGAUAUAUGAUGAAGAGGAUAGGGUGGGGACUCUCCACCCGGUUUUCGUGAUACCAGAAGGCGUUGCUGAGGAGACACGGGCAUACUUCGCUUCAAAAGGGACCUUUUAAAACGUACCAACAUUCUGAAUAUAUGGGCUGAGUUUACAUUGGCUCGGGACUGGUAUUUAAGGGAUGAAAAAUCUGCACAUAUAGAUGGCGCCAGUUUCACACUUCGCCGGCGACCGGGGUGGGCUUUGUGUAUCACGUGAUGUACAUAAUCUAUUUACCCGCGAGACAUAUUCAACGAUGCGUUAGUUAAGACCAGCCGGCCAAUUAGAUCUUCCAUUUUCUCGGUGGCUGAGCUUAACAAUGGCCUGAUCGUUGUCCUUCCUUCUUUGUUGCCAACAGGGUCAAAAUUUGAACGUGACUGGAAAAAUUGCGUUGAUUUAAAAGCAAGCGGCGUUUGUGAGAUACAUUAAGCCCAAUGGCAAUAUAGGUGGCAGUUACGAGAUACGUCGUACUGAACUGCUCGUUCAGUUCCGGAAAAGAACGAAGGAUUUGUUAAUCUCUCUUCACAUGAAAUCCAUAUGAUAGAUCAUAAAGAGACUAUAUUGCUAGGUACUGUAGCUCCUAGGUAAGUUGCAUGAAGUGCAUGAAGGUCUCCCUUCGCGUUUUAUUCCGUUUUGAUACCGAGUAGAUUUUCGCUAGACUGGUGGGAAAGUGGAGACCGAGAGAGGAUGCUUUGGGGAAGUUCUUUUCUCAUGGUUCGCCAAUUUAUCGGGAUAACAAGAAGAUCGAAUGGAAAACUGGUGGUCGAGGUCAUCCCCCCCACAUUGAAGAUUGGUCGGUUCUCUCGGGUUCUACCAACUGUUUUCGGUCUCAUUGAAUCGUCAUGAGCUCACCGCAAGGUACCACCAACUAUUUUGUUAUUCUUGUACAAGUGAGGAGUGGAUAUGGCAACACGAUACAUGUUGGGUCGACCAUGUGAAGUGUGUGUUGUGUGUGUUGUUGUGUUGGACUUUUGAGGACAUGUCGUAUCAUGGUACCGGUGUCAAUGGAUCCAGGAUCUGAGAGGGUUCCCGACUUUGGGGGAGCUUCGGAGAUAGAUACUAUUGUUGAUCUGUACUUUAGAUACUGUAUGUAGAAGUUCCAGCUCCAGUAAUUGUUGUCCGCACAUGCGUUUUGAUUCCACUUCGUUGCUUAAAGUACCUAGGCGAGCUAGGUACAGGAUGAUUUCCCCUCUCCGUCGCAAGAGGAGAAAGAGAGAACCCCUUCACUUACUCGCUAGUUGCAUAGAACUGCAAGAGCUGCAACAUGCAGGCUAUUUCCACUGUCUUGUACUUUUUUUGUAUCAUAUACCCACAUCGCUUAUUUACGAAUCAAUUACUUCCCUCUAGAGCAAUUUCUUCCGACUCGCCACCUAUCUUGGUCAACAGAACGGAAGCUAGGUCUGGGUUAAACGAGAGGAAGUUGAACUUGUAGACGAUGCAAAUUGGAACGAUUAAAAUCUCGAUGCAUCUUCUUUCAUGUCAGAUCAACUUGUCACGGCCGUAUUCUAAUGUCCCCGAGCUUGCAUUCGUACCAAACGGUAGGAUUCUCGGUAUGAUCAAUGGCGAUUGGAAAUCUGCAGGAUUCUUACUUGGUACAUAUGCUCGCUCGAUUGCAAUGGGAAGUCUGCCAACGGCUCAAUUGUGAAAGAUGUCCCCCAAGUACCCGGUCAAUGUAACGGUCGAAUCUUCAGAACGGGACGGUGCGACGGUCCUUCCCAUAAUCUUGCUAAAUAAAUGAAAAUAGUGAGCCAAAGAGGAAGCUGGUAAUUCUGGAUAUUUCGAAAGAUAGUACGAUUGAGCAGAUUAUUUAUCGUACUUUGUGCUGCAUAAGGUUGUUUGUGUAGUUUGACAUUCUCGGUGUUUGAUUGUUCCAUGGAGGGAUCAAGGGGAAAAGCUUUUAUUUCCACGAACCAUCAACGAAUAAUGUUCCCAAACUUAUUCCUUCCAACCUCAAAACUCUAGAGUCGUCUACACACUUCAUACAUCAAGAGUACAUCCGACCAGCGACUCGU